AUGGAAAGCAUGCCGGCCGUCGAUGCCGGCCGUCGAUGCCCCAAGAUUGGAGAUAGAACUGUUGCCGACCUUUGCCUGUUUAAGAAUGUUGCCCCGUUGGAUGACGUCCAUCGAGCCGCUUUUAGCUCUAUUAAACAUGGAAAACUCCCGGAAGGAGUCAAAAAGAUAAAGGCCGAUCGGAAGGACCAACAGGAGACAGCUACGCAAGACGCUCACAAAACGUAUAUGAAGGCGAUCACCACGGCGUACCACGACUUCAUCGAUGAGAAGAAGAAACCAGAGGUCAAGGAUGAGUCUAUCGCAGGACCAUCUGCACAACGCGUUGAGAAGGGCAAAGGACCUCAGCAGGAGGCACCCAUCGUCAAGGGACCUACUCCUGCCGCCGGGCCAUCUACACAGCGCGUCGAGAAGAACGGAGGACCUCAGCAAAAAGCACCCGUCGCGAAGGGACCUGCUGUCAAGCAAUCUCGAGCAAAGGCACCUUCGUCAUCGACCGUCGGUCCAUCAAAGCAGCACAACCAGAAGCGCAGAGGAUCGCAGCAGAGAGCACCAGUCGCCAAGGAACCUACCGCCAAGCAAUCUCAGGCAAAAGGCAAAGGUCAAGCCGUGAAGAGACCUCAGCCGACGACGAGCUUCCCCGUCGAUCAGGCGACCCUGACCACCGAAGCUCGUGCGAGGCUGACCGUCGCCAAGGGUUGGGCCAUGGAGGUCCCUCCCGAGGCUGAUAAACCUGAGACUGACUGA